GUUUUCCUGGUCUUUUCAGUAAAUGAUCACGCUGGGAUUUUACUUGUUUGUGAGUGAGGAUGGAUUUGACAGAGGACGUGAUCCGGUCUUAUAAAACCUCUGCCGUGAUCGAAGACUUUGGAGAGAAGAUCAACAGCGUGUGUUAUUCGGAUGACGGCAGUUUUCUGGUUUGCAGUUCGGACGACGACAGAAUCACGUUGUUCGAUUCUAUUGUGGGACAGGUGACUCUGAAGCUGCCUUCGAAACGUUACGGUGCCGAGCAUGUGACUUACACGCACAGUAUUCACGGGGUUCUCCAUGCAUCCAGAAGAGGCGGAGAUGAUGCGGUGAGGUACUUGAAUGUGAAGGAGUACAAGUACAUCAGAUGCUUCUCAGGCCAUACAAAGAAGAUAACUGGAAUCAUAAUGUCACCUUUGGAUGACACUUUCAUGACUUUGUCAGAUGACAGAACGUUGAAACUGUGGGACUUGAAGCAAAGGGACUGCGUUGGAAGUGUGGAAAUGCCAAAUAGACCUAUUGGUACUUUCGACCCUGAAGGGGUUGUAUUUGCUAUUGGUUACAAGGAUACGCUCAAGUUUUUUGAUCUCAGGGCUUAUGAGAAGGGUCCAUUUUGUACCUCGUUGGUUCCAAGAGAAACAAGUUGUGAUUGGGCUGGCAUGAAAAUCAGCAAUAAUGGCGCCAAGCUGUUGAUCUACACAAAUGCCUCCAUCAUCAGAGUGAUGGAUGCGUUUACUGGAGCACCUUUGUUGACCCUCUCUGGGCAUUUGAACAACAAAGGGAUUCCGUUGGAAGCCUCAUUUUCGACUGAUUCGAACUAUGUAUUCAGUGGCUCAGUGGAUGGGAAGGUGCAUUGCUGGAAUGCAGACACAGGUUCCAAAGUGCCAUUUGUGUCUUAUGAGCAUCCUGGUCCACUACAGUGUAUCAAGAUGUCGCCCAAGUAUCACAGUUUUGCAACAGCCUGUACAAUAUUGGUGAAUGCGGUGAGGUACUUGAAUGUGAAGGAGUACAAGUACAUCAGAUGCUUCUCAGGCCAUACAAAGAAGAUAACUGGAAUCAUAAUGUCACCUUUGGAUGACACUUUCAUGACUUUGUCAGAUGACAGAACGUUGAAACUGUGGGACUUGAAGCAAAGGGACUGCAUUGGAAGUGUGGAAAUGCCAAAUAGACCUAUUGGUACUUUCGACCCUGAAGGGGUUGUAUUUGCUAUUGGUUACAAGGAUACGCUCAAGUUUUUUGAUCUCAGGGCUUAUGAGAAGGGGCAUUUGAACAACAAAGGGAUUCCGUUGGAAGCCUCAUUUUCGACUGAUUCGAACUAUGUAUUCAGUGGCUCAGUGGAUGGGAAGGUGCAUUGCUGGAAUGCAGACACAGGUUCCAAAGUGCCAUUUGUGUCUUAUGAGCAUCCUGGUCCACUACAGUGUAUCAAGAUGUCGCCCAAGUAUCACAGUUUUGCAACAGCCUGUACAAUAUUGUGUAUCUGGCACCCGGAUUUAAAUUCAUAUUGA